CACUUUGUCAAAUUUGGCAAAAAAAAAGCUAGCUCGAAAAAUGUUGAGAAUUUCGUUUUGUGUUGUGUGGUGUUUUUUCCAUUUAAUCUUUUAAAUAUGGUUGUCUCUCCCAUUUAAAAGUGAAAAUGUCGAAAAUAGUGAACAUUGAAGGCAUUAGGCCUGGCUGUAUCUAUCGAAUAGCGCUAGAAAACUUCGUAACGUAUAAACAAGUCGAGUUGUUCCCGGGCACGUCCUUGAAUUUGAUCAUCGGGCCAAACGGGACUGGAAAAUCUACUUUCGUUUGUGCUAUAAUUUUGGGGCUCUGUGGUAAGACCAGCGUUAUUGGGAGGGCUAAGAAGAUAUCUGAAUAUGUGCGAAGUGGUUGUGAGCAGUCUACGAUUGAAAUUGAACUGUAUCAAGAGCAGGGAAAGCGUAAUGUCAUCAUCACUAGGCACUUUAACUUGAAAGAUGUGUCUACGUGGUCCAUUGACCAUAAGACGGUGCGGGAAAAGCAGGUUCAAGAGUUGAUCGCUACUUUAAAUAUACAGGUUGACAACCUCUGCCAACUCUUGCCUCAAGAUCGCGUCCAGGACUUCUCCAAAAUGGACCCGCAGCAGUUGUUACGCAGCACGCUCUCCGCUGUGGGAGGUCAGGAGAGCGUGUCCCAGUUGGACGAGCUGAUACAGUGCAGGAACAAACAGCGGGGGCUGUCUACGAAGCUGCAAAACAACGCUCAGCUGUUGCAAGAACAAGUUAGGCUGAAUGAAAGGAUUAAUGGUGAAACUUGUCCUUCACAGAACCGUGAAAUCCACACUCUAAAAGACCGCGUGAAAGAGACGUUAGCUGCGGUCCGUACCCACGAGUACACUAUCAAGGACAUUCAGUCGACCUACCAGGAGAAGCUGGAGCGGUUCAGGAAUAGGGAACGGGAACUGGUCGAGGCUAAGGCCAAGCUGGAGAAGCUGGUGACUGAUAAGACGAAGCUGGUGGAAAAAGUUGGGGACGAAAAUCAAGUCAAAAUGGAGUUAGCUGAGUUACACAAGCCGAUACAAAAGACCAACACAGCGUUGGAGGGUUUGAAGAAAAAGAAACUGGAGAUCCAGUACGAUCUGGAGAACAACGUCAUUCCUCAGAUACGACUGUAUCAAAACAGGAUACGUAACCUCGAAGACGUGGACGUGAAACGUCUAGAGGUGCUACGCAACUACAGUGAAGACGCUUACAACGCCGUAGCUUGGUUGCGAGAGAACCGAAACAUGUUUCAGGAACCUGUAUAUGAACCCAUGAUACUGGAGAUAAACUUCACCGACCCAAAGUUCGCUCGCUACCUCGAGUCUACCGUGCCAGCUCGAGACCUGGUGGCUUUCACCUUCGAGUCCACUCAGGAUAUGAACCUGUUCAUGCAGAAAGUCAGAGGGUUAGGCCUGAAGAAGGUCAAUGCUGUGUGCAGUCCGAACUCACGGGUACAGAUGCAGAGCAAUGAUAUACAGCAGCUGAGCUACCUCGGCUUCUACACAUACCUUGUGGACACGCUAUCCGCGCCCGCCGCUAUAACGCGUUACUUAUGCAAGCAAUACGGCAUCCACCGCGUGCCAAUAGGCGACCAGCACACGUAUAACAACAGCGGGAAGGUGCCGAAUAACAUCAACUUCUUCUUCACUGAAAACCACCGCUUCACCGUGCGCGUGUCAGCCUACAGCGGUGCCAAGUCUAGCUCUACCACCGAAAUCAGGCCGGCCAAGUUGCUUGCCAACACCGUUGAUAUUGAACAACUCAACAACUACAAUACGCAAUUGUCAAAAUUCGAGGAGGCAAGCCAGUCUCACAGGAGCAAAGUGCAGGAGUUGGACGAGAAAGUGGCCGCUUUGGAAGUGAAUUUGAACGAAUUGAACACGCGGAGGAAACGAAUCAGCGAGGGAGUGGAGAAAGUACGCACAAUCUGCGCUCAAAUCCGGCUCCAAACCAAGAAAGUCCAGGACAUAGAGAACGAACCAUCUUUCAACAUCGAGCAAGAGAGAGAUAAAUGUAGAAGGAAGCAGCGGGAUUGCGUCAUUAAACAGGGCAAGCUUCAUAAGGAGUUAAGUGACGCUAUGAAGAGCUUGCAGACCAUGAUAUUAAAUGGGGAGAUGUGGAAGGUAAAACUGGACUUCAGCAGAAACGCGAUCGUACAGCAAGAGUCAGAACUACGUGAGCUUAAGAACGAGCUGCGUAACGUGCAGACCACGCUCGAAAACAUCGAAAGUUGUCUUGCCAGGGCCAAGUCCAAUGCUAAGGAGAAACUUCUGGAAGCUAAAAGGUCGUGUGACAACAAGCUGCCGCAAGACCCGGACUUUCCCCACAAGGACGACUUCGACGUGCUGCCUUCUGAUGUGAAUAGUCUCCAGGAGCACAUGUUUGAACUGCAGACCAGGAUCGACUGUAUGGACCAGGGGGAUGAGCAGGUCAUCAAAGAAUACGAAGAAAGAGAGAAAAUGAUAUCCAAACUCAAGGCGGACGUUUCUAGCUCGAGCGACGUCAACAAACAGUUGGAGGAUAAAAUGCGAAUACUCAACUCCCAAUGGCUGCCGCCACUGGAGACUCUAUUACAGAACAUAGACAAGAGUUUCGGCGAUAUGUUCGCUAAAUUGGGCUGCGCUGGCGAAAUCAAACUCGACAAAGGGGGGAGCGAUGAGGACUACGACAAAUACGGCAUAUCCAUCCUGGUGCGCUUCCGAGCGGCCGAGCAGUUGCAGCAGUUAACACGUCACGCGCAGUCCGGCGGCGAGCGAGCGUUAUCUACUGCGCUAUACCUCAUGGCUCUACAGAGGCUCACGACCGUGCCUUUCAGAUGCGUGGAUGAGAUCAAUCAAGGCAUGGACCCCAUCAACGAGCGGAAAAUGUUCCAGUUGCUGGUGAAAGUUACCACCGAGUGUGACAACGCGCAGUAUUUCCUGCUCACUCCUAAGCUACUGACAAAUCUAGAAUACAACCCCAAGAUAAUGGUCCACACAAUCAUGAAUGGAAAGAAAAUCAUGAACUACAGAAAAUGGAAGUACCACCAAUUCUUGGAACGGGCUCACGCGUACAGAGCUAUGAAUCAGUAAGGUAUACGAGAUACCACCAAAAAUGUAUUGAACGGUGCAUUUACCGCAUUUAAAUGUAAAACUAUAGGUCUAGCCUUAACUCAGUGCCUGAGGGUGUUUUUGUAACGUCAAACGUCAGCGAG